GCGCGAGGUUUUUCCAUCAAUGAGAGGUUGUUUCUGCCAGAUAUAUAUACUAAACACCAUCCACGCGGCGAUGGCCUCAUCGAGACGCACCACAUCGGGUAUAUAGCGACUCCUUCUCAACCUCUCUCUCUCUCUCCCUCCCUCCCUCCCUCCAGCCAUGUCCAAGAUGCCUUCGUCCGAUGAUGCGAAGACCAUCGAGGUCCACACCGUCCCCCACGAGGACCUCGCGGAACCCCCGGCCGCCCCGACGGCGCACUCCCUCCUGUCGUCGCUGCUAGCCCUAACUCCCCGAACAACAACGCCGCCGGUCGAUCUCGAUGCCAUCGCCACCCCUCGCAGCGUCUUCGACGACCCGCAGCUGGCUCGCUUCUACUGGCCGCACCCCGAGUACGAGAACCUGGCGCGAUUCGACCCGGCCGAGCGCUGGACGCACCGCGAGGAGCGCGCGGUGCGGCGCAAGACGGACGUGCGCAUCUUCUGCUGGAUCCUCGUCAUGUUCUUCGGCCUCAACCUGGACCGCGGCAACCUGAGCAACGCGUCGGCCGACAACCUGCUGCCCGACCUGCACAUCACCACCGACGACUACAACAACGCCCAGAACAUGUACCGCGUGGGCUUCCUGAUCAGCGAGAUCCCCUCGCAGAUGAUCGGCAAGCGCCUGGGCCCCGACCGCUGGAUCCCCGUCCAGAUCAUCUGCUGGAGCCUGGCGUCCGGGGGCCAGUUCUUCAUGCAGGGCCGCGCGGGCUUCUUCGCCUGCCGCUUCUUCAUCGGCCUGUUCAUGGGCGGCUUCAUCCCGGACGCCAUCCUGUACCUGUCGUACUUCUACACCAAGACCGAGAUGCCGCUGCGCCUGGCCCUGUUCUGGUUCGUCGACGCCCUGUCCGGCGUCAUCGCCUCGUUCAUCGCCUACGGGGUGCUGCACAUGCGCGGCGUCGCCGGCCGCGCGGGCUGGCGCUGGCUGUUCCUGAUCGAGGCCCUGAUCAGCCUGGUCAUCGGCGUGCUGAGCUUCGCGCUGCUGGUGCCGGGGCCCACCCAGACGGCGACGUGGUGGCGCCCCCGGGGCCUCUUCACGGCGCGCGAGGAGCGCAUCAUCGUCAACCGCGUGCUGCGCGACGACCCGUCCAAGGGCGACAUGCACAACCGCCAGGCCCUGACGCUGGGCAUGCUGUGGCGGAGCCUGAGGGACUACGACCUGUGGCCCAUCUAUGUCAUCGGCAUGCUGUUCGAGAUCCCCACCGCGCCCCCCAAGUCCUACCUCAGCCUGUCCCUCAAGGCCAUCGGCUUCUCCACCUUCCAGACCACCCUGCUGGGCAUCCCCGUCACCUUCUUCGCCGCCAUCAACCUGCUGCUGGCCACCGAGCUGUCCGAGCGGUGGCGCCAGAUCUGCCUGGUGGGCGUGCUCACGCAGCUGUGGUCGCUGCCCCUGCUCAUCAUCCUGUUCCGCUGCGCCGGCACCCUGUCCAACUGGGGGCUGUACGCCGUCACCUUCGUGCUGCUGGGCUGGCCCUCCCCCCAUGCGGCCCACGUGGGCUGGUGCUCGCGGCUGAGCAACUCGGUGCGCACGCGGGCCGUCAGCGCGGCCCUGUAUAACAUCACCAUCCAGCUGUCCGGCAUCGCCUCGUCCAACAUCUACCGGUCCGACGACGAGCCCUACUACCGCCGCGGCGACGGGCAGCUGAUUGCCAUCAACGUCGCCACCCUGGUGGUGUACGUCCUGGCCAAGGCGUACUACGUGGCCCGCAACCGGUGGAAGCAGGCUCGGUGGGAGGCGAUGACGGUGGCGGAGCGCGUCGACUAUCUGGCCCACACCACGGACCAGGGGAACAAGCGACUGGAUUUCCUGUUUGAUAGCUAGCUAGAUAGAUAGCGAGACGCAGCCUGAAUGGAAGAGAGACUUCGCCCUCCCUCCCCCUCCGGACCGGUCGGGGAGGGGGAGGGGGGACACUAGAGUGAUGUCGCCAUUCCGGAUGCCUCGUACGGCUGUAGGCAUGGAGGGGAUAGGGUGGGAUAGAUGGGAUAGAGGCCUGAU